GUGAACAUGGCGAUUUGUAACAGAUGGUGAGACAGCUGAUCGUGUAAAGUCCCACAAAACAGAGAUAAAGGCGAUAACAAUACACAAUGCCACAAACACUGAGAAAGCGGUGGUUCUAAAAGGUAAUUUUCACCAACUGACGUCAAAUGGAGGCGGUUUUGUUUGAUGCGAGAACUGAAACACAAGGCGAUUUAGCGGCGAAGAGAAUUUCUCCUUCAAAGGGCAUAUUGAAAAUUGAGUCCUUAUGUAACGCGCAAAAUUACAGUUUGCGUUAUUUGGCGAGGCAAUUAACUCGUGUUGGGGGAACAGAACAGCUGUUUGAGGGAGUUUGUUUAAUGUAAUCGUGAAAGUUAAUGGUUCACAGUGUAGCGUUCAUAAUUUGAGUGUGGUUGGACAAUUUAUGCUGACUCAAGGCUUGUGAUAAACAGUCGGUAUUGUAUUACAGUUGAUGAAACUUUGAUUUACUCAUAAUCAGCAUUUUCACAACUGCACGAAACAAGAGAGCUUGCCUUGCUGUACCAAAGGCCUGAGUGAAUCUUAAAUUUCUUUUUGCUGGCAGUCGAUCGCCACUUGAGAGGCUAAUUUGGAUUACUACAUUUGAAACAAUUUCAUCCACCAAAAUGGCCACAAGAUCGACUGAUUCCAGACCUUUAAUGGAGAUGGACCCAUCGACGAGCGAGGAAAUCGAAGGAGAUGCAGUUACAGAGGGAAAAUUAUCGACUGGUGACGCAAGAUCUCUCUUUGAGGACAGCAAAGAGCCACCGGAAUCUGCAGAAAAACAACCACUCUCUUUGAAACGACGGAUCGCCUUGGUAGGCGCAUUGUUGCUGUGUGUGUUUACUAUAUUUGCAUUUGCUUUUCUUCUUCCUUGUCAUAAACCAAAAUGCCAGAAGCUUCCAGUGUGUCCUGGUAAGGGGCACCUGACAGCAGGGAACUGGACUCACCAAUUUGGUGGUAUUAUUCCAAUAGUGACUUCCCUGUUAGAUGUGACAGGAGAUGGUAGGCCAGACGUUAUAGUUGAAUUUGACAUUGAGGCAUUGGAGUCAACAGACUCUUCAUUCUUGAGCCAACUUUGCCAGAACAAAGAUUGUCGUGGCAGUGGUAUUUUGGCUCUGCAUGGAUCAUGUGGUAAUAGUCUAUGGGUUUUCAGUCGCAAUUCCUCCUUGGGGCUUUUGGCCUGUGAAAAGAUUACUGAGGGCAUUGAUGUAAAAAACAACCAACAUUGUGUGUUCAUUGAAGAGAAAACAAAUAUUGUGCUUUUCAACUCUAAAAAUGGAACCACCAAGUGGAAAUCAUCACUUGGUGGUAAAGUUAGUUCAUUUAAGUUUGUCAAUGAUGUUGAUGGUGAUGGCCAAAAAGACAUUGUUUUGAUUAAUAAACUUUCUAUUGGUGGCAGUGAAGGUUAUAUCAAUUUGGUAUCUGGCAGAUUAGGGAAAGUUCUUGGCAACUCUAUACCUUUAUCUGGAGGUCAUGAUAGUAACAGUAUCCUUGCUACUCACAGUCUCCCAAGUAAACAACAGUUUGUUAUCGUUUGUACGUUAUCUCAUGAGAAGAACACAACAUCUCUUUGGGCAAUGUCAGUCCAUGAUUUAUUUGAGAAAGUAACACAGCCAACAAAAUCAAUUCCAGGCGAAGCGUGGGGAAAACAUAUACCAAACCCACACACCGGUUUUAUCAGUAUCUUAAAUGAUGCUGUUAUCUUAAUCCAACCGUUGCUAACAGAUCUGGAUGGUGAUGGGGUGAAAGAUAUUGUUUUUGUAACUAAGGAGAAUGACACCUCUCUUUUGGCCAUGAAUGGCACUGAUUUGGCCAUUGUGUGGAAAAUGGUAGUACCUUCCGAUGCAGUUAUUCACAAGCUGUUUUCAACUCCGUACUCCGUUAAAGAAAAUUUGACAGACAUUGGAUUGUUUGUUGCUCAUACAAACAGUUCCUCCUCAUUGCUAGUAAUCGAUGGUCGCACUGGGGGUAUAAGUUGGUCUUUUCAUAGCAGGACUGGUCUUGCUGUGGCACCAGUUCCUGUGCCAGGACUUAGUGGCGCUCAACAUGCUUUUGUGAUAUGGCUGCCAAAGCUGGAGGCUGUGACACUGAUUUCUAAGUCUAGAAAAUCCAGAGACAUUUCACAUCAAGUAAAUGGUUGGGUUCCUGGUGAUGUCAGUCAAAUGAUGAAUGAUGAAUAUGCAAGACCACAACCAAGAAAGUUGUUUUCAGUUAGUUCAGAUUUAGUUAAGAAAAACAAAAAAGAUAGGUUUUCUUCCAAAUCAGCUCUUUUAUCUGCAGCAGAGAUUGAUAAUGAAGACUUUGCUAAUUAGAAUAAAUUUGAUAGCAAAGAUGAAUUCGAAAAAGUAAGAAGUGAUGACCUGGCCUUAAAGGAAUUUGAACUUUAUCUUUUAAAAGACAGUUUAGAAAAAAUUGAAGAUACCAGUUUCAUUGAAAAAGAGCCUUUCAGCUCAACGAGGGAAGAAAAAAGAGCUGACACAAAAUGGCUUGGAAUAAGGAAGGAGAAGUCUUCUAUUAUACAUAAGGGAGGUUUCCACCAGCAUGCAAUUCCAUUUAGGAAGGAGCAGAGACAUAAAGAAGGUGUCAGUGGAGAGGAGAAUAUUGAAUUCAAGGCAGAUCCACAUGUGCAGAAUGAUCUGGAGGAGCAACUGAGUGGUCUGACAAAUCAUAGGAAAAAGCAGACUGUAUUGGAGAAUCAUCGAGCAAGGGCACCCCUUGCAUCAGCAUCAAAAGACUCCUCAUUCCUGCAACCCAGACAGGAAUUUCUUAAGGAAUUCCCUGGGAGGCAGACAAGGAUAGAAAACCAAGACAACGAAGUCAACAUUUUGCCAGGGAAAUCCACUGUCACCCAGCAAUUUCACUCUGAAUAUCACAGAAAAGAGUAUCCAAAGUUGGAAACAGUUAAAAAGCCAUCUUAUCAUAAGCGAUCAGUGACUUCUUUACCCAAGUGUGCCAAGAGUUUUGGUGACGUUGCAGAUGCUUACGUGGCUGUUCUUUUGGUGAAGAGUGUUGAUGGAAGGCAGCUGUUAGCUGACAUAACAGAGGAAGAUCCUCUACAUUUGGGUCCUGAGGACUACAAAAGCUUGUUUAAGACCAGGGAAGGUGACAAGCAAGCGAAAUCUUGUUUACGAUUGGUUCCCCAUAUUGUUUCACAGCCUGUGAUUAGAGAUUCUUAUGAAGGCUUGGAUCUAGUAUAUACAGUCAACUUUGUUUCCAAGGAUCACUCGUUGCAAGUGACAGAAAUAAGAAAAAUGCCAAUGGAGGCAGUCUUUGAACUCCUUGAAGGUAUCUCGAAAGAUACCAGACAGCAGCAGACAAAAAGAGGGAUUGAUUCUUUCAGGUUUCCAAGUGUUUGGAAAUAAUUUACUCCCAAAUUGAAGAGUUUUGCUCAAAAUAGAUUGCAGGAUAUGUUAAUUAAUGAUGGUGUGAUAAUUAGAUUGUAAUCAUAAAUAUGUUUUUCAUGAUAGCAAUGGAGACUGCUUUGCACAUUGGAAUUAUUAUUUUGAUAUUACUCAUUAAAAUCUGGAAUAGAAUGAAUUGUGAUAUUUAUUAUAAGUUACAAGUCAUUAAAUUAUUUAUCCCAUGACGACAGGGAGAAGUAGGGAAUUUCUGUACAACUGAUAUAUAUGCUAUAGAAUUUAGGUUUAAAUUAAUUCAAACAAGUUUAACCUGUAUUUUUCAUCAUCUACAAUUAUGAUGAUGUACUGUAUAUGGAAUAAAAGGAGUAUAUAUAUAAAGGAAA